AUGGGUGCCGUGUGGGAGCACUGGCAAAUGUCCAAGCGUUCAUCUGGACGGGAUCGGAGCGGCACGCGACUGCUAAUCGUCCAUGCCACCGCGGUGGAAAUGAUUAUGUGCUGCGUCAACCAUCCGAUUAGUUUCACGCAGAUCCUUUACGCGCAGUAUCCAGUCACUCCGACAGUCUGCUUCUUCAUUCAAUUCCCUUUUGCAAUAUUCCGGACCGUCGGCUACUACUCCUCGGCUAUCCUGGCCAUAAACCGUUUUGUCGCACUCUGCUUUCCCAUUCAAUUCCGCGACUAUUGGACGAAGCAAAGCGUCAACAUACUGUUCAUCCUGGUUACGUGGCUCAUCUGUGGCGCGUUUUAUGUUCCGCACAUGAUCGGGCGGGAACUGAGAUUCGAAAUGAUCCCACCGACCAAUGUUUGCGCCAUUAAAGCCCGUUCCGCGGAAGCCCGGACGAUCCACCAGACGCUGGUGUCACAUCUGCCGCUAACGUUGAUAUGGAGCAUUUAUGCUACGAUGUUUGCAUUCGUUGCUGUGCAAAAGCUAUCGCGCCGCAGUCACCAGAACCCAGCGUCGUUCCGGCGCUCCUUGCAACUGGCGCUCGUCCUACUGAUGUCGGCACUGUGGCACUGUGUCUGCUUUUCUCCGCAGCCUUUGUUGACGCUUUUCGAAGACCGGGGUCUAGCGCGUCCCACCGCUGAAACGUUGCUGUGGUUACGAUUCGUCUUUCUACUGGGAUAUGGUGGCAACCCGGUCAUCUUUUUCACUAUGAACCGAGAUUAUCGCUCCAUGCUCAGACGAUGGUUGAGCUCUAUCCGGCACGCAAAGUAUCACGGUUGGGGGAAAAAAAGCAACAACCGAAUGGUGAAAUUGACCGAUUUCGGUCUAACCGCCAAACUACAGGGCACCAUCACGGCCGCCGACGAGGUCAACGGUGCUGCGGGCACCACGGUGUAUACGGGACACGAGUUUUUUAUGGCGUAA